AUGAGACUGUCGGCUAUCUUCCUCGCUAGCAUACUCGGCACGGCUCUUGCGCACGAGGAGAACCUGUCUCCGGUCGAAAUCCAGCGCCGCUCUACCCUUUCCCGCCGCUGCGAGGCAAGUGCUGCAAACUUCAACAAGAAGCGAUAUGAGCGCCGUGUAUCCAAGCGGUGGGCGGGGUCUGGCAAUACCACGUAUCAGGUUCAUGCCGAGGCUCCCUAUUACGAGACCAUCCAGAACGACACGUGCGUUUUGUCGCCUAUUGUAACCGAAGGGCCUUAUGUUUGGCCCCGGUCCGAGACCUUGCGCCAGGACAUGACCGAGGACCAAGAAGGUGUGCCUGUCUGGCUCGACAUUGGCGUGCUGGAUAUGGCCACUUGCGAGCCUCUCGAGGAUGUCCUGCUGAGCUUCUGGCACUGCAAUGCCACGGGGAGCUACUCGAGCUUCACCGGCCUGGACCCGAACACCGACUUUGUCGAGCUCCUAUCGGAACUAGGCCGCAACGUCAGCGAUUUUGAAAUCGGCGUCACCGACCUGCAUACCGACGAUACGACGUGGCUGCGCGGCAUGUGGCCCACUGAUGCGCAGGGCAUGAUGGAGAUGAAGACCAUCUUCCCCGGCUUCUACACGGGCCGCGCCAUUCACAUUCACGUGCAGGCUUAUUCCGACUGGACGCUGCAUGACAAUGGCACCGUCUCGACGGGCAAUAUUGUCUCCACAGGCCAGCUCUUCUUCAACGAGACGGUCUCGUCGCAUAUCAUGGCCCUCGAGCCCUAUGCUUCCCACACCCAGAUCAACCGCACGACCAACAGCGUUGACUCCAUCUUUAGCUACGACGGUGGAUAUAACCCGGUUGUCAGCGUUGUCCCCGCCGACGGCACCGAUAUUAGCAACGGAAUGAUUGGUUACAUUACCAUUGGGGUUGACACGACCGCGGAUGGCGUCGAUAACAGCCAAUAA